AUGAUGACAUUCGUCGGGCCGUCUUUGCGGAGGACCCGGACACGGUCUUUGUCACCAUCACCAAGGCGGCGGCUGCCGCAGUGAACGACCUGGCGGUGUCCACUUUCUUUCCGGACCAGGAGAUGGAUUACGUCAACGGCAUGGGGGCCACGAUCCUCGGGCUGCAGCAGGGCGGCGUGCGGGUGAGGACGGACACUGGCUUCAUUGUGGUGGUCUACCCCUGGACGGAUGCUGAGUCCCGAAGUACCUACCACCCAAUGCGAUUGGGGUAUGCAAACACCCUGACUAAGCUGCAGGGAGCGACUUUGGACAGCAUGACCCUGUACCUGGAUGUACCAAACAUCCCGGCUGCGGGGUACGUGGCGCUCUCCCGUGUGCGCUACGACACGCACUGGCGCUUUGUCGGAUACCUCACCCAGCAUCAUUUCACCCCCGCCUGA